CAUCUGGCGGUCUCGCGCGCCGUGUGGUUCGCUCCGCAGACACGGUUCACAACGCCCUCUCGGAUACGAGUGUUCCUCCCUCCCGCGUCGCCCCGUUGAAGAUGUGUUUGCCGCAAUGUGUGGUGCGCCGUGUUGUGUGUAUCUGUGUUGCGGUGUUCUAGUGCUGCUGCUCUGCCACGCCAGCGGCCAGCAGCAGUACUUCAGGAUCGAGCCGAAGGACGUGAGGGUGCACGAGGGAGGCGAGGCGAUGCUGGAGUGCGAGGUGUCCAACCAGGCGGGCCGGGUGCAGUGGACCAAGGACGGCUUCGCGCUCGGCUUCAGCUCGGUCAUAGCCGGCUUCCCGCGCUACUCGGUGCUGGGCGACAGCCGCAGCGGGGUCUACAACCUGAAGAUCAGCAACGCCACCUUGGAGGACGACGCGGAGUUCCAGUGCCAGGUCGGGCCCGCUCGCUUCAACAACCCCAUCCGCGCCAACGCCAGGCUGAGCGUCAUCUCUCCCCCGUCAUCGAUAGAAAUCGUUAACCAUGCACCCAAUUCGAAGAUUGAGAUCCGGGAGAACGAAGAAUUCCAGCUGGAAUGUCUCGUGAAGAAUGCUAAGCCUGCAGCGAAGAUCGCAUGGUACCGUGGGAGUGUGGAACUGAAACUAGAGCGGCGAGAGGACACGACGACGGAGGUGGCGGGCAGCGGCCGUGCCAAGCGCUACAACGUGCUGAGCCGCGUCUCGCUGCAGCCCACGGCGGAGGACGACUACGCGGACUACACGUGCGAGGCGAGGCACGAGGCGCUGCCGCCGGACAUGCCCAUGCGGGUCACCGUGCAGCUCAGCGUGCUGUAUCCCCCCGGCGUGCCCUACGUGGACGGCUACACGGAGGGCGAGACGAUGCGGCGUGGGCAGACGGUGGAGCUGGUGUGCCGGUCGCGUGGUGGCAACCCGCCCGCCCAGCUCAUCUGGUACAAGAACGGCGAGCAGAUCCGCAUGGCGUACCGCACCGCGGGACGUGUCUCCGAGAACGUGUACACCUUCACGGCGGACGCCAGCGACAACAAGGCCAAGUACCGCUGCGAGGCGUCCAACGUCAUGAGCCCCGCGCCGCUCAAGACCGAGAUAGAACUCACUGUGCUGUUCGCCCCGGCGCAAGUGAGCAUAUCGGGCCCGACGGAGGCUCGCGUCGGAGACUCUGUCCCGCUGACUUGCACGACCGCCAACAGCAACCCUCCGGCAGAGAUCAAGUGGACGGUCGCCGGCCGACACAUGCGCAACGCCACCUCCCGCACCGUGGUGAGCCCCGAGGGCGGCUGGAUCACCACGUCCAACAUCACCGCCCUGGUGGGCCCCAACCGACGCUCGUUGGUCGUCAUCUGCCACGGCGUCAACAUGCAGCUCACCGAGAACGUCGUCAGCACCCACACCAUCAACGUCCUGUAUCCUCCUAGUCAGCCCCUGAUACAUGGGUACACAGAAGGUGUGAGCAUAGCGGCUGGCACUGUGCAAAAAAUAUCUUGUGUGUCUUCCGGUGGGAAUCCUCUUGCCACGCUCACUUGGUACAAGAACGACAAAAAGAUCAGCUCAGUCACCAAAGUGAAUGAUCGCUCUGUGUCAGCAGAGGUGACCAUCCUCACGAACGUGACUGACAACGAAGCGCGCUACAAGUGUGAAGCUUCAAACUCGGCCACGGAAAUUCCGCUGUUUGAAACUGUCACCUUGAAUGUUCAGUUCCCGCCGGAUCACGUGGUCAUCCGGAAGGAGCCGGCGGAGCUGCGCAGCGGCAAGCCGGCGACGCUGACGUGCGACUCGACGUCCAGCAACCCGGAGGCGCGCCUCAGCUGGUGGAAGGAGGGGAUCCCGGUGCCGGGCGUGACCAACACGACGCGGCCCGGCCUGCACGGGGGCAGGAUGUCCAGCAUCACGCUGCCGCUGAACGUUGCGCCCGAGAUGAACGGCGCCACGUACACCUGCCAGGCCACCAACGAGGCCCUGCAGAGGAGCGUCCAUGACGCCGUCACGCUGGAGGUCUUGUUCAAGCCAAUUUUUGAGGAAGUGCCAGCGGAAAGCAUGAUUGGAAUCGAAGGCAAGCCCCUAGCACUGUCCUUGCGAGCAAACGGGAACCCCUCGAACAUCAUGUACACUUGGACAAAAGAGGGCUCGGUGUUGAAAGAUGAGCCUCGGUUCCAAAUAGAAGGCCCGGCGUUGAACAUCACGCGUAUGCGGAGGGAAGACUCAGGGGUGUACCAGUGCGAAGCAGUCAACAGCGAGGGAUCCAGCGUCGUCAAAAUGAAUCUGACAGUGCAAUAUGCCGCGACCAUCAAGGAGGCUCCGGAGUACGUGAUGAUCAACCCCGGAGAGGACGCACAGCUGUUCUGCGUGGUGGACGGGAACCCCUUGAGCGAGAGGCACGUGACGUGGAGGAAUGAUAAACUGUCCAGCAUGGAGGAGCGCACGGCACAGACGUUCCACAACCGCACUUCCUACCUCAUGAUCCAGAAGCCGACGAGAGAGGACAACGGGGUGUUCCGGUGCACAGUGAACAACGAGAUCGGCAAUGAGACCAGCAGGGACGUUCAGCUCAUAGUCAAGUACAAGCCAGAGAUAGACACUUCGCCGCAGAUCUCGAAGGCAGCGAGCAACUCGGGCGACAUGGCCCGUCUGAUCUGCAGAGCUUCUGGGGCACCGACAGUACGCUUUACGUGGUCGAAAGAUGGAGCGACGAUUCCUGUCAACACCACAGGAAAAUUUUACACUGAAUUCAGACAGCUGGACCUGGUGACGUACGAGUCGGUGCUGCUGGUGACGCACGUGAAGCAGAACGACUACGGCGGCUACGAGUGCGUGGUGCGCAACGAGAUGGGCUUCGCAACGGCGUCGGUGCGGCUGGAGGUGACCUCCCCGCCCGACUCGCCCACGUCCCUGACGGUGCGCAACGUCACGCACGACUCCGUCACCCUGUCGUGGACGCCCGGGUUCGACGGCGGCAUGACGGCGUCGUACCGGGUGCGCUACCGCCCGAGCGCGGCGCUGAUGGGCGGCUACACGUACGUGGACGUGCUGUCGCCCAAUGCCACGUCGUACACAGUCGCCGGCCUGGGCACGGCCACAGACUACACGUUCAGCAUCAUGGCCUUCAACAAGCUGGGCAGCAGCAAGUACCUGCCGGACCUGCUCAAGGCCAAGACCUCCAGCGAGGCUCCCCCCUCCUUCCACUCCCCCAGCCAGGACGUAGACUCCCUGUCGGGCGGGGACGGGCGCGUGUCGGGUCCUGUGAUCGUGGUGGCGGCGGUGGUGGGGAUGGCAGCCCUGAUGCUGGGGGCGCUGCUGGUGGGCUGCUGCCUGCGCCGCCGCGCCAGCAAGCGACUCACAGCUACGAGCGAACAAAGCAGCAGCAAAUCUGCGACCAUUGAAAUGUACGCUCCGAGCAGUUACAAUGAGACUGUUACCGGAGAGACGCUAAGCUCUGUGUCUGAGAAAAGUGAGAGUUACUCCAAUGGAGACAGCAAUCAGGAGUACCUGGAGGAUGGAACCAAGCCCGCGGCCAGUACGUACCUGAUAGACCAAACUGAGUACUCAUACCAGUACCCCACAUAUGAGCUGCAGCAUCAGCCAAAACACCACGAAGAAGCAGACAACCUAAACAGGAGUGUCUACAACCACACCAUUGAUGGCCCGAAGAUGCACUACAGCGCCCUCGCCCCGCCUCACGCGGUCGACACGCCCUACUACAACAUCUCCCCCGAUGCACGCUACAUCCCCUACCCGCCCCCGCAGAUGGAGUACAACCACCUGCCGCAGCAGGCUCCAGCCACGGGCUCACUGCGCCGUCCACAGCACCGGGGCACCGUGGUCCCCCCGGACGUCACCGUCUCCCACAACCCCCCGCUACAGAACGGGCCCCCCGCACCGCUGCUCUCCACCUUCAACCCCAGCCUCGGCUACCCUGCCGCAAUAGAGACGGAGGGACACCUCGUGUGAUCCCGCCGAGCGGACGCCAACUCAAUCCGAUGCCAAAGUGUUUGAAAACUAACGAUUCGACGCCGACAAUGUAAGAUGAAGGCUUCCGUGUUAGCGGCUCUUCCGAUGUGCUAGUUGGACGUUUACCCACUUAGUGUUGUGUUGUUGCGGGCCCGGGGCGAGCCGAGCCCGACCGUCGUGAGGGUGAGCGACUGUCGCCUGUGUUUGAUGCUUCGUUUCGUGGUUACGCAUGUAAACCUACUAGUAAUAUGUAGAACCCCUGUAUUCACAAGUUACGUUCGAGUGAAGUGGACUGUUGAACGUGUUGUUAACAUUGUGAAGUUUGGAAGGAGGCAAGAGGAACAAACUAGUAUUGUUGCAUCAUUUACAUUUUACACAAGAGAAUAUUUAUGAUGAGGCUUCUUAUGCAUGUGUCUGCUUGGAAAGAAACGUAUUUGCGAAAGUGAAAAAAAAAACUGUACUUGCAUGGCGUUUGGCUAGGAAAGUUGGUGAAAUUUUCAUGUGUGAGGUACUUUAUGAGAAAAAUGUUUUCAGUUGGACUUGCAGCUUUAUAUUAAUAAUUUUUUUGAAUCCGCAAGUAUGAUAAAUAUUUGCAUGUGACUGUGCAUAAACAAAGUGGUUUAAUUAAUUUUAGUUUAUCUUCCUUCAAAAACUGUGAAUGAGGAAAAGAUAUUGCAAUGACAAAAAAAAAUUAAGGUUAAAUCUGAGGGAAAAUUCAGUCUAUAGAUGUGAACACAUUUUUAAGUGUUUAUGCUGGUUGACGUCUUUUGAUCUCAAAUUUCUUAUUUGUACUUAAAAAGUGAUUGAUAUGAUGAUGUUAACUGAGAAGAUACUAAGCAUCGUGCUGGUGGUUUUGGUUAAGACACAUUUUGUUGCAAUGAGGAGGAACUCGAAACUCUUUCACUCAGUCUAUAUGUUAGCAUAUGUAGAUGACUCCUAAUAAUAUGUUCCCCUCAGUGCACACAAAUUGAUGUCACGCAUUACAAGUGAUUUAUAAAUAGUUGCGUAAAUCAUGCUUUUUUUUGUUUUAAGUGUUUCAUACUGUAGAUUAAUAGAACCUUAAAUACUUUAAUUUUAUGUUAAAUUGAUUAUUCAUCAUUCUACCAAAGAUUAUUUGUUAAAAUAUGACAUAUUAUUUUGUCAAAGCUUAGCUUAAAGAUUGUGUGGUGAAAACGUUUUAUAUUUAGGAAAAAAUGAAUUUCCGGGGACAGGGCUUUUACUAUACCCCUUAGUAUAUUGUACAAAUUCCUCCCACCCCUCCACUCCCUUCAUCCUUCCAUCAAAACAACACUAAGUAAUGUGCACGCAUGUUUGGGACAGUAUAAAAAUGUUUCUGACACACAGUAAUUACUUCUUCAGAAAUAGAAACUCUCUCACUAUUAAGGUGCCUUCCAGUUUCCCGAUGCAAGUAAUGGAAUCAGGAGUUCCCUUCCUCACUUGGAGGGUAUCUGAGAACCACACAACACACACUGGAUUUAUUUUUACAACUGUGAACACAUUAUGGCACGUUUUAGUACUUUUCUCAAACUAAACCUAAUUCCUUUGAAUAAUAGUAUUGAACCACACAAUAACUAAGUAAAAUUUUUGACUGUAAAAAUUAAUUGAGGGCUAAGUAAUGAGGGAGAAAGUUGAGCCACUAUUGCCCAGCUCAUCCCUAAAGUUGGCCAGCCUGCAGUUGCCUGCAGCCAGGUACAGGAGAGUUUACAUUGAGUGAAGAUUGUUUAUGCAAAAGUAAGUCAAACUACACUUUUCUUGGGUACUUCCGAUUGCUCACCGUAAUGCUGACCACAGUGUUCUUGAUUGGUGUAGGGUGUUAAUCAUGGUGUGCCCAUGUUUGUUUUUUACUUCAAAUAAUCACUGAUGUGUUUAUCAUCUUCUUUCAUCCAGUGAAAUUUCAGUCGUAACUUCAUUCAAACUCAAGGCACACAAAUAACCAAUGAAGAAAAAAAGCCAUUAAAGUAACUGGUGAGCAAAACAUAACAAAAUAUUCUUUAAAAACAUGUUGGAAAACAAUUCUGUCAAAAUAUGUGGUUUUCAGGUUGCCCAACAGCGAUGGUAAAAGGGGAAAAAAAAAACAUUAGAAAGAUUUAUCUUCAAAACCAAUUUAAAAUGCUGCAAUACUGCUCACAGGAAUACUUAAUGAUUCACAUUAUCGCCCUGACAUGCACUCAUUAUUUGGGGGCACGGUUAGUUUUCUAGAAUCUGCGGAGUCCUGUCAUGUUCACUGCUUCAGGUGCACAACCAUGCAACCUACAAGCUACACACAACUGUGCGAUAUAAAACUGAUAUAAUUUAUACUCUUUGUAAACCAAACUGGAAAGCAUCUUUCUUUAAAAAUGUUUAUUAUAAGAUUCAUUAUUUUUCAUUAUGUGGAUUGUUAAGGUGUCCAUUAUAUAGUUUUUUUUUUUUACUAUACAUACUGUAAAAAUUCUUUUGUAUCCACAAUAGUGGGUUUUCAAACCUUGUUUUUCUAAACAUUAAUAUGUGUGUGUGUGUGUGUGAACUGAAUGUAUGUGUGUGCACAUGAAGAGAUACAUUCAAAAACUUACGUUGAAUAUACCAGCGCUGUUUAGUGUCACAUCAAUACGUCUACUUAAAUAGCGCAGAUGAUAUGCAAUAAAUUUCUUUUAACUAUUUAGAUUAAUAAACUCUAAAUCUCACAAAAUCCAACUGUCUUUUCCACACAUAAUCUGUUCUUGUUUACAUAAAACAAGUGGGAUUUUGUGAACAAUACAAUAAAUAAUUUGUGCAUUACAAAUGUUAAUUAUUAUUGUUAUGUUACUUCCAUACUUUUUUCCUUUGAAUAAUAUUAAUAGUACUUGUAUUUAUGGUGGUUAUCAGUAACACUAAGGAAAAAAAAUGUGCUUGGAUGAAACUAUAACAAUAAGAUUAAUGAUGCAGCAAUGCAACUCUGAAAUGUGCAUGUCUGUUAGUUUCCCUCACCUGGUGUUGCAUGCAGUUAUGUCACGAAACUCAUUGUAACAGCUGUUGCAACACCGAUGCCAAAACCAAAUGGAGUGCCUUGUUAUUAAUUGGCUUUUGAGUAAACCCACAAUAAUGCUCAACCACAAGAGCAUAUAUGUGUGUGUGUUUGUGUUUGUGUGUGUGCGUGCUGCUGCCAAAAGUGUAUGGACAAAAAUAACUCGUCCAAAGACAGCAACACGUCAGCGUAGACAUGCUAGGAUUCAGUUUACAUCCUAAAACUAACAACAGAGUUAUCUGGUACGUGAAAAUUUCAUUUUCAUACAGAAACAAACAGUAACAAUUGUUGGUGACAAUACUGAAAAUUUAUUUUAAAAUAUUUGUUUUAACUCUUAAUGAAUUCAAAUCACCAUGGUUUAUCCUCUAAGAACUACAAACUGACAGUGUUGGUGCCUUUCAGACGUAAUUUAGCAGAAUGUUUCUGCCUGUUGAACUUAACUGUAUAAGGCCUAUGAGCAUGUAAAUUUGUAUAUAUGAAUGUGAGUAACGGGAGUGCAUUUAUGUGUGUGUUAAGAUGUUCCACGCAACAUGGGGACAAAGGAGCUGUUUUAUCCACAAGAACUUUAAAUUAAAAAAAAGUAAUUUGUUUGUUAAAAGAAAUUGUGUUACAAGAUCAUAUGUCUUUUAAAAUUGGUGUAAGUGAGAAAAACAGUGGUGAUUUGUUUGUACAGUACUAACCGUUUUGAAAAUUGUACGACUCUCGAUUUGAAUGCAAACGUAUUUUGAAAAUUUACAUGGCUGUUGAAGGAAGUUUUUAAUUGCUUCCUUGUCAAAGAUAAAUGUCUCCUGUCCAGUGGAAAGUGAAACUAGACUUUAGUGUGGGUAUUGCAUAUGGACCUCACAUUUUUAAGCUUAAAAUUGUAUAUAAUAAACUCGUGUGUACAUAUAAAUAAUAUAUGAUGCAGUAUCCACACAAGUUCUGUUACUGUGUUGAAAGGGAAUAAAACUAUUCAAACUUUGACCUAGAUGUUUGACAUCUCACUCUUCUUUUGCAUCAAUUGCUACAUUAAAAGGAAGUUCCAUUGUUUUGUCGGCCUACUCGUCUAUGUUCUUUCAUAGUAAAAUGUCUUUAAAAUGAAAUGAAUAAUUAUGUUUCUUAAAGUGUCACAA